AUGUCGGGAUCAAACUCGUCUACUCCAUCAACACCUGUUUUUGCCCCAGUAGCGGGAAAUUCGUCCACUUCUAUAGGCUCAAGAAGUAGGCGUCCGAGCAGCAUCAUUAGUGGGACAAGUAGCCUUAGCGCAACAGCCGGCGGUGCUGGCUCCCUAUCUACAUUCACUCCGGUGGGUCUCAAUCGCGUCGGCCAUUCUCUAAAUAGACUGGGAUCAAACUCUAUUGCUGAUCUAGUGGAUGGGAACAACAUCUCAGUAUCGAACGAUCCAUAUGCAUCACCGGCACAGCUUGGUAGAAGGAAUAUGAAUACUGGUGGUAGCUCAUCAUUUCCAUUUAAGCCACCUACUUCUAAGGAUAUUCCACCAGUAACUCUUGCCCCGACACCCAGAAUUAAAAAAGAAGAACUAAGGGAGAAACUCAAUGAUAUCUCUUCCGAGUAUGAAUUAUUUUACGGAGCUCGAAUAUCAAAGGGGGCCGGCAGCACUGGUUUGGAACCAACCGGGUCCAAAAUUUUAAGCGAUGACACUCUGUCAUUGCUUUCAGAUAAAGGAGUAUCCAUGUCGGUAUCUUCAAAUGAUGGUGCUGCUAUCAUAUCAGAUAGUGAGAGCAUUGCGGAUGGCGAUGAUUCUGGUACCAGGCAAGACACGCCCGAUUUGACUCCUUUAUCCACCAUUCCAGAGGUCUUUUUCCAGGAGAAGUUUCAGUUGGACAAUCCGAAGGUUUUUGGGAUUGUCAGCGAAAAGUCUGAAAUCAUCCAAGGUAAUGGUGGCUCCCCUCCUCCAAUAAAGGUAUCGGAUGAGGACUAUGAAGGUACCGAGAGUGAUGUACCCAAAAUUCUUGCAUCGAACUCUAUUCUUCAGGAGAAACUUUCUUGGUAUAUUGAUACUGUCGAAUUACAUCUCAUUAACGAAAUUUCCAAUGCAUCUAAAUCCUUUUUUUCUACAUUAGGGGAUUUGAAAACAAUUAAUGAACGUGCCUCAGAAUGUAUAACCCGUAUUCAGUAUCUGAAAGAGCAGCUUGUAUACGCGGACAAAGAUAUUGCUCUUCAUGGAAUUGAGCAAGUAAAGCUUCGUCAGAGGCGCCAGAACGUUGAAGCUCUCUCUGAAUCAUUGCUGCAAAUAGCAACAGUUUUUGAGCAGGCCGACAACGCAGAGUCGAUUUUAUUAGAAGGUUCAGACGUGGAUCAAUCCUUGGAUAUAAUCGAUGCUUCUGAAGCACUACUUGAAGGAAAUAGUAGUAACGAUCUAGUAUCACAAUGGAUAACCACUUGGUCGUAUCCUUUGGUUGAUCUAAGGUCGGUUCACGGUUUAGCAGAUCUCAGAGAAAAUCUGUGUACAUUGCGGUCUAAGGCCGGUGAUAUUUACAGCAACAAAUUUUCAGAUAUAUUGCUGAAGGAUUUACAAACUCAUAUGGAUUCGGUUCCCAAGGUUGACACCUUGCAACGAUUGGGCAAAAUUUUGGAUGGUGAUCCGGCUGCAAAUACAAGCUAUCUCAAGGAUACUCAGUUAAGAGAGUCAUUGAUACGACAGCUACGGGGAUUGGAGCGAUCUGAUAAUAUCGCGACAGCUUUCAAUCAGUAUAAGGAAUCUGUUGUAAAGAUGGUUAAAAAUGUGGUCCGGAUGAAUCUGCCAUCGAAGAGUGAUACUGUAUCGAUGAGUUCAAAUAGCACUAACCGAUCAAUGGCUGAUAAGAGUAUGUCAUUAGCUACUUCAUUGAGAGCCAUGACUAUCAGAGAAGCCGAAACUAUGGUAUCCGAUAUUUAUAUUUCUCUUUCUGAAUUAUAUCGAAGACUUUCUGCCCAACAAAAACUUUUGCUUGAUCUAACAGCUUCGUUAGACGAUUCGAAGGGGACAGCGGUCAUCGAUCUUAGUGAUCUACUACUGAGUGUCAUCAACCACUCUGAAAGUAGAAUGACUAAGGUUUUAAAGGUUCGUCGUGAACAAACCGUUAACUAUGGAUUACAAGAUUUUAUCAACUUCUAUGCAUUAAACGGUAUAUAUCUCGCAGAAUGUGAACUUAUUUGUGGCGAUCCAUCCAACGAGCUACGAGGAAUGCUAUCCGUAUUUAUUAAGCAGUUCCUAGAUCGGUUUUAUGCUAAACACGAGUCAGAACUUGCCGAGCUGAUGGAUAAAGACUUAUGGAGAGAAGAGGAGAUCACGAAAGAUUUCCAGGCGCUUGUCGACAGAAUCGUUGAGAGCGGUAAAUCUGGAAAAGAUCCUGCUCCGUGGGUAGCAGCUUUGAGAAAGAUACUUUCGCCUACUGAGUCGGAGGAUGAUAUUCCGUUAUCUCGUCUAAUUUCUAGCGGAGUAUCGACGUCAGAGAAGAAGCUACCUCGUAAUGUUUUUGUUGAAAACUCCAGUUUUAUUAUAUCCAAAGCCGCUAUAUGCUUGAUUCGGUUCACAGAAGAUUAUUUGAAAUUAAUGAUCUUACUUCCUCACUUAUCUACUGAAGUUGUUACCAACUGGAUAGAUUUGGCAAAGAAAUUCAACUCUCGGGCUAUUCAGUUAAUUCUUGGGGCAGGUGCCACUCGGUCGGCUGGCCUGAAGCAUAUCACAGCUAAACACCUGGCUUUGUCAUCGGAAUCUGUCAACAUCGUAGUGGCACUGCUCCCUUUCAUUAAGUCGUUUGCAGCAAGACAUCUUGCUCCUACUUCGCCUGUUUUGAAUGAUUUUGAUGCUUUGUUAGGGGAAUUGGAGAAUCAUCGGCACGAGGUUCACCAGAAGUUUGUUUCUCUUAUGAGUGACAAGAUGAACCUUCACUAUAAUGCUAUCAUGAAGACAGACUGGUCAAUCCCAGGCCCUGUUAGCAAAUAUAUGCAGGAUCUAGUCAAGGAAACGUCGAUUUUGGUGAAGAUCUUGUCAAAAAUACUACCAAAACAAUCAUAUUUGGUGAGUAUUUGUAAUGCAUUUGCUUAA